CUCUUGCAACGAAAACAUCAAGUCAUGGAGAAGAAUGGGAAUAACCGAAAGCUUCGGGUUUGUGUUGCUACGUGCAACCGAGCAGAUUAUUCUAAACUUGCCCCAAUCAUGUUUGGCAUCAAGACGGAGCCUGAGUUCUUUGAACUUGAUGUGGUGGUCCUUGGCUCUCACCUAAUAGAUGACUAUGGGAAUGGAACCAAGGACCCUCUAUGCAUGCUAAGCAAGUCUUCUCCUAUUUAGCCAUCACCCAAGCCUGUUUGACAGUUUCUAGUGGCCAUUCUUCAAAACUGGUUAUAGGUCAAAAGAAUAUAAACUGCUAUGUAUGGAACAAGAUUUUAAAAAUUUUAUGAGAAACACGUAUCGCAUGAUUGAACAAGAUGACUUUGACAUUAACACCAGGCUGCACACAAUCGUGAGGGGGGAGGAUGAAGCAGCCAUGGUGGAGUCCGUAGGCCUGGCGCUAGUGAAGCUACCAGACGUCCUCAACCGCCUGAAACCGGAUAUCAUGAUUGUGCAUGGGGACAGAUUUGAUGCCCUGGCGCUGGCGACCUCUGCAGCCUUGAUGAACAUCCGCAUCCUUCACAUUGAAGGAGGAGAGGUCAGUGGGACUAUCGAUGACUCUAUCAGACACGCCAUAACGAAGCUGGCCCAUUACCACGUGUGCUGUACCCGGAGUGCAGAGCAGCACCUGAUAAGCAUGUGUGAGGACCAUGACCGCAUCCUGCUGGCAGGCUGCCCCUCCUAUGACAAACUCCUCUCAGCCAAGAACAAAGACUAUAUGAGUAUCAUUCGGAUGUGGUUAGGUGAUGAUGUCAAAUGUAAAGAUUACAUUGUUGCACUGCAGCACCCGGUGACCACUGACAUUAAGCAUUCCAUAAAAAUGUUUGAAUUAACACUGGAUGCACUUAUCUCAUUUAACAAGCGGACCCUUGUUCUGUUUCCAAAUAUUGAUGCAGGGAGCAAAGAGAUGGUUAGAGUGAUGCGGAAGAAGGGCAUUGAGCAUCACCCCAAUUUUCGCGCAGUUAAACACGUACCAUUCGACCAGUUUAUACAGCUGGUUGCCCAUGCUGGAUGUAUGAUUGGGAACAGCAGCUGCGGGGUACGGGAGGUUGGAGCUUUCGGAACACCUGUGAUCAACCUGGGCACACGCCAGAUUGGAAGAGAAACAGGGGAGAACGUCCUUCAUGUACGAGAUGCUGAUACUCAAGACAAAAUACUGCAAGCACUGCACCUUCAGUUUGGUAAACAGUACCCUUGUUCAAAGAUCUAUGGGGAUGGAAACGCUGUUCCACGGAUUUUGAAGUUCCUCAAAUCUAUUGAUCUUCAAGAGCCACUACAAAAGAAAUUCUGCUUUCCUCCUGUGAAAGAGAACAUCUCCCAAGAUAUUGACCAUAUUCUUGAGACUCUGAGUGCCUUGGCUGUUGAUCUUGGAGGGACAAACCUUCGCGUGGCAAUAGUCAGCAUGAAGGGUGAAAUAGUUAAGAAAUACACUCAAUUCAAUCCUAAAACUUAUGAAGAGAGGAUUAAUUUAAUCCUGCAGAUGUGUGUGGAAGCGGCAGCAGAGGCUGUGAAACUGAACUGCAGAAUUUUGGGAGUAGGCAUUUCCACAGGUGGCCGUGUAAAUCCUCAGGAAGGAAUCGUCUUGCAUUCAACCAAACUAAUCCAAGAAUGGAACUCUGUGGACCUCAGGACCCCACUGUCUGACACUUUGCAUCUUCCUGUGUGGGUGGACAAUGAUGGCAACUGUGCCGCCAUGGCAGAAAGGAAAUUUGGUCAAGGGAAGGGCCUGGAAAACUUCGUGACACUUAUCACCGGCACAGGAAUUGGAGGUGGAAUCAUCCAUCAGCACGAGCUGAUCCACGGGAGCUCCUUCUGUGCUGCGGAACUUGGCCACCUUGUCGUGUCCCUGGAUGGGCCUGACUGUUCCUGUGGAAGCCACGGGUGUAUUGAAGCAUAUGCCUCUGGGAUGGCCUUGCAGAGGGAGGCAAAAAAGCUGCAUGACGAGGAUCUGCUCCUGGUGGAAGGGAUGUCAGUGCCCAAGGAUGAAGCUGUGGGUGCACUUCACCUCAUCCAGGCUGCAAAGCUUGGCAAUGCCAAGGCCCAGAGCAUCCUAAGAACAGCUGGAACGGCUUUGGGUCUUGGGGUUGUCAACAUCCUGCACACUAUGAACCCCUCACUCGUGAUCCUGUCCGGAGUACUGGCCAGUCACUACAUCCACAUCGUCAAAGAUGUCAUCCGCCAGCAAGCUUUGUCCUCUGUGCAGGACGUGGACGUGGUGGUUUCGGAUCUAGUAGACCCCGCCCUGCUCGGUGCCGCCAGCAUGGUUCUGGACUACACAACACGCAGGAUCCACUAGGCCUCACGGGAGUGGACACGGACCGAGACUCUGUCACCCUAGUGGAAUCUACUGCUCUUUCAGAUGAACAUUUCUUAAAAAUCAAGAGUGAUAUUUAACUGUAGGUGAUGCUGGCAAAGUACUUUUGCUUUUUUUGUAUCCUCUUCCAAAUCUACCUUUUCCUAUGCCCACUUUUGUAGAUGCUGCUUUCUGAUGUUUUCCUCAUAGGAAUCACUUUAGUGUAAACCCCAUAAAUUCUAGUCACCACUUUCUGUGCCAGAAGGAGCCACAGCAGUGGACCCAGAAGCCUUAGGACUCUUCUUGCCAAGGUACCACUGAGACCUGCAGGCCUGCUUUGGGAUGCGAGCGGUCUGCGUAUAUUUGGUUAACAGUCUUCCUUCUCUCCCCCACCUCUCACAUAAAAGGAAAUCCAGUCAAGGAACAGAAGAAACUUACAGGAAAGGCUUUUAAAACUUAAAAAAACAGCUUUAUUGACUUAUUUUUAAAGCAUAUAAUUUAAUAAGCUUUGGCUUAUGUAUUUACCUGGAUACCAUCAAGCCAUCAAGACAUUGGACAUUGUCACCCUCAAAUGUCUUUGUGGAAAGAUGUUAUUACUCUAGCAGAACUUGAAAGGCUUUAAACAAGGGAUGUAAAUUAAAGUGGCCUUAGUGACCUUGUCCUUAUCUUCUUAGAGACAGCUAAGAAGCCACUAGGAUUUAAGAGCCUCUAAAAGAUUACCCCAAAACAGUCUCUGCUCCUGACCAGCACACACUUCUCCUUUGAAGAGCUUUUCGUUCUCUGUGGAUUGUGACCCAGAGGGGCUGUGAAAGCAGUGUUUGCCUGUUUUAUACCCACAGCCCAAAUCUGAGGGCCUGGACUCUUGACUAAAGAAGAUUUUUUUAACCGAUGGCAACCCCUCCCCGCAAAGUUCUAUUAAUUGUAAACUAGAAGAAAUACCGCAGCCGCUUUUUUUCCUAUCUUUUUGAGACAGGGUCUCGUUGUGCAGUCAGGCUGGCCUUGAGCUCACUUUGUAGCCCAGGCUGGUCUCAAACUUGCAGUGAUCCCCCUGCCACGGCCUCCUGAGUGCUGGCAUUACAGGUGUGUGCCACCGUGCCCAGCUGCAGCCACUUAUUAAGUGCCUACUGGGUAGCAGGCUCUACACUAGGUGCUUCAUAUACAUUCUUAAAUCCUUAUGACCCUUGAGAUAGGUUUUGAAUUCUCACUUUAUAGAAUCCAGCGCUUAAGUGUGUUUAAAUGACAUACCAACAGCUAUGGGGUAAUGAGUCUUAAGAAGGUUUGAUGGGUCUCUUUCUGCUAAGCCACACAACAUUCAUUUCAAAAACACAUGCAAAAUGCUAAUACUCAGUUUAGGCUAACAAAAGCUUUAAUAAGAAUAUCUGAUUUGCAAAUGACUCAAUUUAUUUUUGAUCCUCUUUCUCAGCGAUGGAAGUUAAUCAAAUAUUCUUCAGUGCUACUGAACUGUUGCCAGUACAGUAUUUGGUCUUCUGACAAGUUUUUAUGAGUAUUUGUAGAUGAUCUAAAAUAAGCAUAUAUUUUUCAAAAGUUUAUUUUAGAAAGCUUGAAGGUUUCCACAGUGCAUUAUUUCAGGCAGGCAUUGUGCCACUGAGCUACAUCCCUGGCCCUUACAAUGUAUUAUUUCAAGUGCUGACAUAAUUAAAUUAAAGCAAUCAGUGACACAUUUGAAUGACUUCCUUCCCAGUGAGUUGCCCUUCAUUUCCAGGGUUUAGAGUCUGGUUUUUAGUGUCUGGUUUUGUUUCAACAUUUCAGGUAGAUCAGGCCAGUCCUGGAGUGAGGUUGUCCACCAUGGAGGGACAUUAGUAGGUCCUUGGUUAAACCUGUUAAUACUAUACACCAAACAACUGUGCUGCUACCAAAUUUCAUGUCAAAUAGGUGAAGGGGUGGAUGGUAUUGAAUCAAAAACCAAAUCUUAGGUUUCAUUAAAUUUGUACACGUUAUUCUGACAUAAAUUAUUGUUUAAUCACAUCCCCUAAUUUAUUUUAAUGUAAAUAUUUUUAUGUUACUGUUCUGAUCCAGAUUCUCAACAAAUAUAUUUGCUUGCUGAAAUUGUAACACUGUUACAUAGUUUUGUUCUUAAGCAUUUCCCUUCCCAGAGACCUGUAUUAUUGCAUUAUUUAAGGUUAUAUAACCUAAGGCAUCUAAUCAGUGUUUUCUUAAUAAAAGCCUAUUAAUAGAAAGCAA